GGAUUUCUGCAGAAAAAGUGUGAGCAGGAACAGAGACUGAGGGACUGUUACAGUGGGAUCCCAUGCUGGUAGCAGGAGUCUCAGGAAAAAAAAAAUCAAAAUAGGUAGGGGGAAAAUUUAGGAACUAAGUUUGGGACAUUCAAAAACAUCCACCCUUCUACCAGAAGGGCUUUCAAAGAGCAUACACCACGCACCUGAGCUGCUGGAGGUAGGUAUUUUUAUAGCAGCAGUUCCUAAAUGUUUGGAUCCUGGGGUCAAGCCCUUAAACUCUCUCACAGAUACCACAAUGGACAAAGCAGUGAACAAACACGUGCAUAUCACUGCAUAUUACCAUUUCAAAGGUGCCAUGUGGAUCACAGUCUGGGAACUGUUGCUUUACCGGAAGGGAGGUCAAGAAUCAUUACAGCGGGCAGUGGUGAUGGCCAGGGUUUCAGACUUCCUUGCUCUCAUGUGGAGUGGAUGGCACUUUGUACAAAACCAAACCCCUUGCAGGGGGGCAUGGCACAGUGCUCUGUUAUGAAACUCAAACAGAAAGGAGAAAAAUUCUAACUUGCUCCCACUCAUUCUCUUGAUCCCCCACUAAAAAUGGUCUUCAAAUGCAAUGUUAAAGAGGAAAAUACUGCACAUGGAGUAUGCCAGGUAUCUCCAGCUUUUCUUUCAGCACAAACCCAGCAGCAAUCAGGCAAUUCCACAAUCCCAAGCAAAUUAAAGUGCAGAGAAAUCCACUGAUGACCAUGAAGCUAGGAGACUUCUAGCUGCAUGGUACACUGGGCACACCUGGACAGCACUAGCAAGGUCCCAUUCCAGAGCAGUUACACUGUGGCCCAGGAGGUUCAGAGGAUCCUCCUGGCUGGUGUCUGUCACAGCUAUGGUGACCUUGUUACCAGCUGCUGUGAUUUUUGAAAAGGGGAAGAAAAAACACCAAUGCAGGACAGGUUAAGUGCUCCUAGACCCAAGGCCCUGCUCUCCAAAUUGCAGAUCCCUGGAGCUCCUGCAGGUAUGUGCCAAGGACACGUUAUAAAUCAACUACAACAGCAAUCCUCAAAUGGAGGGAGAACAUUAAUUACUUUCAUGACCUGCAAUCAACCCUAUUGGCUCAAGCUGUCAAUAAGCAGCUGGCUUCCUGCUAAGCACAGACCAGAACCAGCCCUGUAGAAAAUGAGCUGUUCCUGGGAAGCCCCAGGAACACAAUGCAGCCAGCUGUAUCCAUAACACACUCCAAGGAAACAAUUUCUGCCACAGGCAGCACAGGGUCCUUGUGCCAGAGGAUGCUUCAGAGCUGGAGCUUCUACUAACCAGUUUGAACCUCAUGGCACAGCACCAGGUCCAAAUGAACCAUGUGCACUGGCAACCAACACCCUCAGUACUUCCAGUUCCCCAAACUGGGCUACAAUAAUGAUGGUUUAUGGAACCUUAAUUAUGUGCUGGAGAAAGAACAAUUCCAUUCUUCAGUGGUAGUAAGGGAAUUUCAGAAUGGAGUAGGAAUUCUGUUAACUGGAAAGUGUGUGGUCAUGCAUGUUGCGAGGUGAGGGGGUUUCCAGCUGAGUGCUACCAAUCCUGUCUGCAAACAACUUGGCUCCACAGCUGCAAAUUAGUUCCUCUCUGCCCCCAGCUCUCCUAAACAGUUAACUUGUGGCUGUGAGACCAUCCUAUCUCCCUGCCUGCUCAACAAUAGAUCCAGCUAAACAAAUGCCUCCUAAUUGACUUUAAGCAACACUUGAUUGCUUUUACAAAAAACAAAAGAGAGGAAAACAUUACGGUUUAUGAAAUAAUGACUAAUCCUGGAGCAAGAGAAAGGGGAUGGGUUGGAGCACUGGUGUCAAACAGAGAUUCAAUCUUGGCUGAAAGAGCCCCAAGACACAUGGGCCAAGUCAUUCACCCCUCCCCAACUGCCCUCAUUUCCACACCUGCUGAUCUAAGCCAAACCCCUGCUAAAAUACAAACAAUCGGGGCCGCUGGCAAAUGAAAAUUGGAGCAUUGUCUUCCCCAUGAGGGCUCUGAAAGGGCCGCACUUAAUGAGGAUGGAUUGACAAAGAGGUGGCUCGUAGGCUAUAAAAGGCAUUCCACAGUCAGGAGCAGCUCAGUCCGGGGGUGUGCUGCUGGUUCACUUGCUCCAAGCAUGGUCACGUCCUCGAGGUUGGGUGGCCCGUGGCUCCUGGGUCUCCUGGCACGCCUGCUGCUCUGGGGCUCUCCAGGUGCCUGGGCCAGCUACCUGAGGAGAUCCUCCAGCUGCAUGCCCAUCCCACACCGCAUGGCCUUGUGCUACGACAUCGGCUACUCCGAGAUGAGGAUUCCCAACCUGCUGGAGCACGAGACCAUGACAGAAGUCAUCCAGCAGUCUUCCAGCUGGCUGCCCCUGCUAGCCAGGGAGUGCCACCCAGACGCUAGGAUUUUCCUCUGCUCCCUCUUUGCACCGAUCUGUUUGGACAGGCUCAUCUAUCCCUGCCGCAGCCUCUGCGAAGCCGUCAAGAGAAGCUGUGCGCCCGUCAUGGCUUGUUACGGCUAUCCCUGGCCCGAAAUCCUCAACUGCAACAAGUUCCCUGCAGAUCAUGAACUGUGCAUUGCAGCAGUCUCCAUGGAUGAAAAUUCCUCAAGCAGGAGAAUGCCCCGAGCCAGCUGCAAGGACUGUGAGCUUGAGGAGGCCAGCACUGCCAGGGAGAUCCUGGAAAGCCUCUGUGCAAAUGAUUUUGCAGUGAAAAUCCGAAUCCUGAGGAGGAACACCACCACCACCAUCUCGGACUUUGACCUGGAUCCAUCCAAAGUGGAGGUGCUGAAGCACGGGCCACUCCUCAGAACUGAAAUCCCUGCCAGGCUCCAGCAGUGGCUGGACAUAGAUGCCACCUGCGCCCACAACAUCAUGCGAGGCACUCAGGCAGGGGUCUUCGUUGUAAGUGGUGAAGUACAGAGUGACAAAGUGGUGGUGAACAAGGCCUAUGCCUGGCAGAAGAGGAACAGGAACCUGCACCAAGCAGUGCGCAGGUGGAAACAUCACCGCUGCCCCGAACAGGCGGGAUAGAAGGUCUGA